AUGCCAACAACCCAAACUGGUUCUUCAGCCAAGCAAUUCAUUCGGCAUCUGCACACCUCAAUGGAUCUUGUGACUCUGGUCAAUGAAGAAACUAAAUAUGCUCUGCCUUUGGCGGAAAAAAUUGAAAUCAGUCACGACACACGAAAGUUCCGCUUCUGUCUUCCUUCCGAGAAGCAUGUCCUAGGCCUUCCUGUCGGUCAGCACGUUUAUCUAACCGCUAAGAUCGACGGAAAGCUUGUUGUUCGUCCCUAUACGCCUGUGUCCAGCGACGACGAUUUGGGCUAUGUUGAUCUUAUGAUUAAGGUCUACUUUCGAGGAGUCAAUCCUAAGUUUCCAAAUGGUGGAAAGAUGAGUCAGUAUAUCGAAGGAAUGAAAAUUGGAGAAACAAUUGACUUCCGUGGACCAUCAGGAUUAAUCGUUUACAAAGGGAAUGGGAAAUUUGCAGUGAGGCCAGACAAGAAAUCAUCCCCUAUUCUACACACCUUCAAGAGAAUUUCGAUGAUUGCAGGAGGGACUGGAAUCACUCCGAUGUUACAGAUUAUCACAGCCAUCCUUAAAAAUGACGACGACAACACCCAUAUAAGUCUACUUUACGCUAAUCGGUCUGAUGACGACGUCCUGUGCAGGAAGGAACUAGAUGAUUUAGCUUCAAAGCAUAGUAACAAAUUCAAAGUGUGGUAUACAGUGGAUCAGCCAUCAUCCAACUGGAAGUUUUCGACUGGACAUGUGAACGAUCAAAUGAUCAAGGAACAUCUCUCUCCUCCGUCGGAAGAUGCUGCAGUUUUGCUUUGUGGACCUCCUCCAAUGACCUUUAAGGAUGUACGGUGUUACUCCGACGUGGAUAAUAUUGCACUGCUUUUUUUUAUUCUACUGUGUCGUUACUAUAAUUUGUGUAGAAAACAUUAA